AUGGUAUUAUUGACAGCAAGUUCUGGUUGCUUAUUUUUUUUCUUUUCUACCAUCUACAGAUACACAAUAUCAGUUCUGCUGCACCAUACUGAGCCAGAAUUUCCAUACAUUAGUGACACAGGGACGUAUUCUCCAGAGAGCUGCAUUUUUGGCCAGGCUCUGAAUAUUGGAGCUUUUGCAAUUCUUGUGACCAUAUAUGUCCGAUUUCGGCAAAUAGCUGAGUUAUACCGCAACCAUUCUUCGUCAUCCAACAUUGUGAGACUCAACAGAGUGGGACUUCUGAUAGGCUCCCUGGCUGCUCUUGGCAUAUCCAUAGUUGCCAACUUCCAAGAAACAAAUGUGUUCUUUGUGCACAUUUCAGGAGCCUUGAUGGCUUUUGGUCUGGGCACUGGCUAUCUCUGGGUGCAGGUAAGACAGACAAGCGAUGAUUAUUGUUUUGAAUAUAUAGAGUGUAAAAGAGAGACAGAGACAGUCUAAGACACAGAAGGACAA